GGCUUUUGUGGGCGGUGGGGACGCGUUUUUGGAACGGACCGGGAAAAGGAAGUGUGCUACACCACUGAAUGUAGCCACUCCCGGCUGCCGCGGGGAAGGUGCGGCGUACUUCGUGUUCCGGCUGCCCGGGGUGGGCCUGAGCCUUUGGCUCUCCAGUGACGGGUGGAGGAGGCUGCAGGCUCUGGACCUGCUUGUUUCGGUGGCGGACUCGGCGGACUGACCUCGGCCGCUGCUCUUGCUGACCUUGGCCCAGGGUCGGAGCCGAUGGCGGCUUGGGCCGCUGUCACCUUGAGCAGGGCCGUUGCCCAGUGCUUGUGGGCGCGAGGCCCCGGCGUCCGGGUGGCUCUUCCGAGCUUCCCCCCGGCCUUCCAGCCUGAGCCCCCAGGCUGUAGCCCCUGUGGGGGCCGGACGCUGCACCUCACGGCAGAAGUCCUCGCCGGGCACAACAAGUGGUCCAAAGUCCGGCACAUCAAGGGUCCCAAGGACACCGAAAGGAGUCGCAUCUUCUCCAAGCUCAGUUUGAGCAUUCGCCUAGCGGUUAAAGGAGGCCCCAACCCCGAGUUCAAUAGCAACCUGGCCAGCAUCUUAGAGGUGUGUCGCAGCAAGCACAUGCCCAAGGCGACAAUUGAGGCAGCACUGAAAAUGGAGAAAACCAAGGACAUUUAUUUGUUGUAUGAGGGCCGAGGCCCUGGUGGCUCUUCUCUUCUCAUUGAGGCGUUAUCUAACAGUAGCUCCAAGUGCCACUCGGACAUCAAACAUAUCCUGAACAAGAAUGGGGGAAUGAUGGCUGAAGGAGCUCGCCACUCCUUUGACAAAAAGGGGGUGAUCGUGGUUGGAGUGGAGGACAAAGAGAAGAAAGCUGUGAAUCUAGAGCGUGCCCUGGAGCUGGCAAUAGAAGCAGGAGCUGAGGAUGUCAAGGAAGCUGAAGAUGAAGAGGAAACGAACAUUUUUAAAUUUAUUUGUGAUGUCUCUUCACUGCAUCAAGUGAGGAAGAAGCUGGACUCCCUGGGCCUGUGUUCUGUGUCCUGUAUGCUAGAGUUCAUCCCCAACACAAAGGUGCGGCUGGCUGACCCUGACCUGGAGCAGGCUGCCCAUCUCAUCCAGGCUCUUGGCAACCACGGUGACGUGAUCCACGUCUAUGACAACAUUGAGUAGCCAGGCUGUACGUGCCCCCCGGCAGCCUAUUCUGGAGCACAAGCUUCUGCAGCGUCCUCUGAGACUCAAGUAGGUCAGGGCGGUGGGUGUUCUAGCAGGUUAGGAAGCAUAAGACCUGUAGUUUGUGGUCAGUGGAAUCCCUGCACUUUUGUGAAGCCUCUUUGGCAGCUCUGCUGGUGUCUCAGUGCCCUCCCAGGUGAGUCCCUCCACAUCCUUCUGGAUGUAGAGUGAGGCCAGUCAGCUGGUCAGAUUCUGAUCUCAGGAAGUUGGCCCUUGUGGGGAUGGUAGGUGCCCUGAGGGCCCAUGUACUAGAAACUGCUCCUAAAUAAUAACAGUGAUUGACUUGGGUUGCUGCACUGCUGUUGUAUGACUCUUGAGUUUUCUGGGGUUUGUGUCCAGUUGCUGGGACCCUCUUGACUUCCUUUCAAGUCUAUAGGCUUAGUUCCACUACUCCAAUCCCAAGACUUUAUUUUUUUGAUUGACCAUAGAAAUGUAGCUCCCUCCAGGUACUUUGUGCUCUAGUGCUCAUCUCAUGGCUGAAACCUGCCAUUCUUUCACGUAACCAAUAUUGAUCAAACACCUACUGUGUACCAGGAACUGCACUUACAAGCUGUUCAAUUGAUGCCCUGCGUUAGAUCCACUCUUAAGACAUAGGACCUCAGGGGGAAGACAUAGGAUUGCUCUCUACUGGAGCUGUCCCAGGGCAAUGUGAGGUGCUGUGCAUGCAUCCUUGUUCUCUUUAUGUGGCCUCUGUACCCUUCUUCUGUCAGAGAGCUUAAGGCUCUAGCCCCGGAGGAGAUCAAGUGCCAAUGAUAAGGGACUCCAGGCCCUGCUUUGCCUGGGUCCUCUGUGUUCUGAGAUUGCUCGGAGUGGACCUGUCAGUGAGCUGCACUCAGGAAGGGCUAUACCAAGCUGGUUUUGAAAGCUGCUUGAUCCCCAGAAUGCCCAACCCUGGCUCCUUUUCAUCCCUGAUGCCAGAUGAUGGGGCACUGGGAACUGGAAAGGAAAUAAGAACAGAAAGAAGGCUGAGUCAGAAGCCUGGCCAGGUGGGAAAUAGGGGCCUUGGUGCCUUUUGUUCCUGAGUCACUUCUGGGUUUAGAGAGACCAGGAGUGCCAGCCACCUGUGCUGGAGCCCAUCAAGCGUGUCGGGCCUGGAGAGGCUUUUUGAUCCUUAUUAUUCACCUUCUUGUAAGUUGUUUAAGCCAGUUCUGAGCUCAGAGUAAUUUUCCUGAAGGACUCUUAGGUAAAUGAGGAUGGAAAAGAACUAAAACCAAAUUGGCUAUAAAUGAUAACUUCACCUUCUAGGAAAAACAGAUUACUAAUUCCAUGAUGACUUCAACAGCUGGAGAGUGAAGGCUAGAGGGAGGAAAACCAAUGAAAUAAUCUGUUAUCGUGCCAGAGCAUACGCUGUUAUACCUCAUUUCAUAAUUUUGGUGCUACCUGGCAUUCUUUAGUUUUUAUAGGAGAUAACUCAUCUAAAUAUCUGAAUAGCACAUCAUUAAAAUAGGGCAAUGUAAAGUUUAAAUGCCACUUCCUAAUUUAUAAGAUACUUUCAUAUUUUAUUUAUUUGAUUUUCAAAACAAACCUAUAAAAUAGUCAGGCCAAGUAUUUUAUGCACAGAUGAUCUCUUACCAAGCAGGUGAGAACUACAUCUCUAUAAAAUAAACCAAGGUCUAUUGUAAAUGUUGAAUAUAAAUUAAUUUGGAGGAAUGUGGUCAUUCUGAUCUGAGAAAUCUGUACUAAGGAAGCCUGCUCUAGAAGGGAACUUGGUUACUCAUGUGAAUAGUCCUCUAAUCUAAUAGAUAGGGUUUGUUAAUGUGAAUUCUUUUUUUUUUUUUUUUUUUUUAUUUAUUUAUUUAUUUAUGGCUGUGUUGGGUCUUCGUUUCUGUGCGAGGGCUUCCUCUAGUUGCGGCAAGUGGGGGCCACUCCUCAUCGCGGCCUCUCUUGUUGCGGAGCAGCACAGGCUCCAAAAUGUGAAUUCUUGUGUAACCAGUUUUCUCGCAUCAAGACAUACUGAACAGCUCUGCACUGACCCCUGGCGGUGCCCUGCAGUCUUUCCUGCAGUUAGUAUGGGAAAGGCAGAAAUGAAAGCUUACUUGGACCUGCUCUGCCUCUAGAUCUGGUAAAGAGACCCUUAGAUAUAUAGGUUAAAUAGUUAACUAUUUAACUGAAUAGUUAAGUAAAGAGGGUAUGAGUUAUUCUGCCACUAGAAAUUAUUUUUCAAAGAAUAUUUUGUGUCAGAGAAAAUGUUUACAAUAUAAUGUUAAGUGAAAAACAAAGAUGCAAAACUAUAUGUAUAGUAUGAUCCAAAUUUUAAAAUAUAUAUCAUACUUUAUAUAUGAAUUUUUAAAAAACGACUAGAAGGAAGUAUACCAAAAUAUCAAAACUGGUUAUCUCUGGGUGGUGAUGUUAUAAUUGCGUUUUAUUUUCAAUAAUCAUGUCUUACUUUUAUCAGGGAAGCAUUUUUUUAAAAAGAAAACUAGUCACAUUAUUGUCCUGUUAGGGAGACAGCAUGUGAGAGGGUGGGAUUCAGGUGUACCUUAAAGUCAGAAGAAUAGGAUCUGGUCCUGGCUUGCCUUUGCCUUAUCUUUGGUCACUGUCUUAGCAACACAAAACCAUUUAAAGCCUUGAGCUGGCUCGGGCUCAUUUUGAAGUUUCCUUUCAGUGGGAUGGAAGUAUCAGUGACAGGCUCUGUCCAUAGCCUUGACUCUUACAAGAAGCGCUCGUGUGGUAUGUAGCUGCCCCAGCUCUGCCAGGGGCCCCCGCUGAAUCAGACAGGAACAAUGAAAACUCUGCCUCUAGCCAACUACAGAAACUCAGUCGUGUGGUUGAGUUACUUUUUUUUUCUCUCGGAAAUAUAUAGCACAGCUGUCAAUAAAGCUUCACGCUCUAAGAGUCCUCAACUUUUGAAUCCCUGGGGACUCCUCUGAAGACAUUCUAUGAAGAGAAAAUAAACGAGCCAUUGGGUCUCACAAAAGAGAGUGUCAUGAUAGAUACUACACUCGUCUUGACUGAAAUCACUUUCUCUCUUUAUUCUAUCCCCAGACAGUGAUGGGAUAGAAGUUUUUACUUUUUCCUCUUUUUAUCUUUCUUUGGUUUGUGCCAAAAAGGUAACCUUUAUUGUUUUUUAAAAAGUCAAACCUUAUAGAAAUAUACAGCAAAAAAAUAAAAGUCCCAUCUAAUCCUAACCUCCUAAAAUAACAACCACCAUUAACAGUCGGCUCUACUCCUUGGUAUCAAUCUGCUGGGGAACAAAUUCUGACUCUGUCAGUUGCUAGCAACCUUGGGGAAGAACUUAACCUCUUUGUAAUUAUUUCUUCAUCUAUAAAAUGAGGAUAAUAGCAUCUAUAUCAUAGAGUUGUUUUGAGAAUUAAAUAAUAUAUGCUAAGCACUUAAAACAGUGCCUGGCAACAGUAAGUGUUCAGUGUAUGUUGGCCUUUUUUCCCACUAAGUGUGAAAGAACAUUUUUAAAAACUGAAAUGUGAUCACCCUGUGUAUAUCUGCUUUAUAACCUGUCUCCUGCGCCCCCUCCCCCCAAAUAUAUCCUGGAUUCCUUUUGGCAUUAGAAUGGA